UCCAGUGCAGAUAAAACCCUGGCAAAACCCAUAUCAAGCCUUCCCCGACAGCCGCAAACCUGCAACUCCUGCGGUUGUGCCGCCCACCUAUAUCUUACUACACUCACCGCCGGCGGCUGUUUGAUUUGGCGGCAAUUUCCCUUACUUUAAAAGGAGAGACAAAUGGCGGGGCUUGUACCUCCAGGUACUACCGCAAUUCCAGCCGAGGCAUCCAAGACGGCACAUACCAAAGCUGAGGAGAAAACCGAUUACAUGAAUCUCCCAUGUCCUAUUCCUUUUGAAGAGCUCCAACGCGAAGCUCUCAUGUCUCUGAAGCCAGAAACUUUUGAAGGAUUGCGCUUUGAUUUCACCAAAGGGCUAAAUCAGAAAUUCUCACUGAGUCACAGUGUGGUUAUGGGCCCAACAGAAAUUCCUUCUCAAUCUGCUGAAACCAUUAAAAUUCCUACUGCUCACUAUGAAUUUGGUGCCAACUUCAUUGAUCCAAAUUUGAUGCUUAUUGGGAGGGUGCUGACUGAUGGUAGAGUCAAUGCGAGAGUGAAAUGGGAUUUGACAGACAAUCUUUCUGUGAAGGCUAAUGCUCAGCUCACAAAUGAGCCCCAUAUGUCACAUGGCAUGGUCAACUUUGAUUACAAGGGUAAAGACUACAGGUCUCAGUUUCAAAUGGGAAAUGGUGCUUUAUUUGGAGCUAGUUAUAUCCAGAGUGUGACACCGCAUUUAUCCUUAGCUGGUGAAGUAUUUUGGGCUGGUCAGCACCGGAAGUCAGGCCUUGGUUAUGCUGCCCGAUAUGAAACAGAUAAGAUGGUAGCUGCAGGGCAAGUUGCAAGUACCGGAAUGGUUGCUUUGAGCUAUGUUCAGAAAGUUUCUGAGAAGGUUUCUUUAGCGUCAGAUUUCAUGUAUAACUACAUGACAAAAGACGUGACGGCAAGUGUGGGCUAUGAUUACAUCCUUAGACAGUGCCGCUUGAGGGGGAAGAUUGAUUCUAAUGGAUGCACUACUGCUUACCUUGAAGAGCGGUUAAAUAUGGGCCUAAAUUUCAUCCUCUCCGCGGAGAUAGAUCAUAGUAAGAAAGACUACAAAUUUGGGUUCGGAUUGACUGUCGGGUGAUUUGAUUUCGACACAAAAAACCCGAACGAAGAAGGUUCCUUUAUCACCAUUUAGAGUAUGGUUGAAUAUUAAAGAACUCAAUCUGUAGUUUGGAACUGUUGUUUGUUAGCGGUUCAGCAGGAAACUGCUGUGGCAAUUUUAACUGUUGUUUGGUAUUGGCAGGUUUAACCCUUUAGAGCUGUAACAUUUGCUAAAUUAAUAAUGCAAUUUGUCAUGUUUUUUUUACUUUAUACAAAGUGGAUUGAUGGUAAGGGGUUUGUUGGAUAUUUACCAUUUGUAUAAAUAUUCCAAUUUACAUAA